AUGGCGAGGCUUAAAGAGAUCCUGCCAGCCAGCCCUCAACUGCUCGCCUCUCCAGAGACAAGCACCAGUUCGAAGAGUGAGCCGGGCAGGAACAGCAAAGUCAAGCUGUCUCGCACAAGCACGCGCAAAGUGAGGACUGGUUGCAUUACCUGCAAAAGACGUCACAUCAAAUGCGACGAGGCAAAACCGCACUGCGGUAACUGCCUUCAGAGUCGAGGCCACUGCGAGGGUUAUCUCGUGGCCCCAAAGAAGACCUCCGGGCCUGCGCAGAUCUGUUGGGACUCCAAACACGUCAUCCGCCAAGCCCCAUCGCCAGCAACCCAGGCGAGGCUGGACGCCAACGCCCGAGACUUUCGGGAUGACGCGGGCCUGAACUACUUUCAAGAGUUUGUCGGUCUGCUCAGAGGGCCUUGGAUGAGCGCAGCAUCGAGUGGUGACUUGUGGGUGGUCACGUUGCCUCAACUUGCCCGCAACAACGGCACGCUUCGCUCCGCCGCAAUGGCAAUAGGCGCGCUGAGCGUGUGGUAUCGCCAGUCUGCCUCCGGGUCACUCCGCGCGGUGACAAUGCCAGAUCAACCGACGUGUGAGGGAGACGCCCACUACUUCCGGGCGGUCGCCCACUACUGCGACUCGCUAAGGGCACAGAGAAGGCGCUCAUCUGUACAGGAUGCCGUCUUCUUGUCGGUGCUUUUAUUAUUCUUCGAAUCCCUCCGCGGAAACAGAAAGGCUGCCCUAGACCAUGUCAACCACGCACUUUCUCUGCUGUUGGCCAUCAUGACGGAUGCAGAUGCGCAGCUCCAUCUGUCCGAUUUGGCGCCCAAUCCGCGGCCCGUCAUCGGGACCGUAGCAGACGUCUUCAACCAGUUGGCCAGACAGGCUCGCGCCGUCUUCCGGGGGAGGAUUCUCGACGGCCCGCCUCUCCCCAACCUCCAAAGGGGGUUGAGGAGCAGCAAGCAAACCAUGGAGUCCUUCAUGAUCCUCCUAAGUCAGAUGCGAAGCGAUUACGACAUUGGCAGCUCGGUGCCUCCUGUCUUCAGUAGUCUAGACGAGUUCGAACAGACCUGGCCCAUCCUGCGGCGUCACCAGGCCGCGAUGAGCGCGAUCAUGGAAGACGCCAUCCAGAAAUCGGGCAUCUAUGGCUCUCAUGACGAUGCCGCCAUUACGAAAUUCCACCUUGAUCUUCUCGGGAACCCGCACAUCAAGGAGUACUGCACACACUUCCAAGAGUCCAUGGAUAAGUUGCACGCCGCGUUUCAGCCCCUAUUCAAAGAGAUAAUCUCAUCCGACAUCGGAUCGCCAACCUAUCUGCGAGCGAUUCUUCUGCGCUUGGAGUUCUUGGAAGUCUAUACCACCAGCAACGCCACAAACUUCAUCGAGGCCGACUCCGUCGCGUCGCUGUCGCCUCUGUUCCGCGAAUAUCUCUCCCUCGGCCACAUCGCGCUGAGAACGACCAACAAUGAGGUCCGGAGGAACCCGGCACACAACUUGUCUCUGCAACGUGGCUUGGCAUGGUACCUCUUGAUCGUGUCGCUGUUCAGCCGUGACCCCGUCAUCCGCGACGAGGCCGUGUGGAUGCUGAGGGACUACCCGGGCCAGGACGGACUAUGGAACACGCGCGCCCUGUACGCUCUGGCCCUCAGGAACCGUCACAUCGAGCGCGUGAAUGCUGUAGAGGGCACGCCUGAAGAGCAGUGGCGGCGGUUGUGGCGGCGGGAAUUCCUAUUCGAAGACGGCGGCGACCGUGUUGUGCUACGGUACCUGGUCAAAGACGAGUCGACGGGAGCAUGGCAUCUGGUAGAGGAAUUAGCCGAGAUACAGGGCGAGGGCGAUGCCGUGCAGUGGACGCCGCGACCCAUCACGGGUCACGGUGGGCUGCUGGUCAUAGAUUUGUAUACAGCGUGGAAAGAUAUGGAACUGGUCAUGCCGACGUGGAAGGAUGCAGGUGUAGAGGCGUAA